CACACACACCCCGCACACACACUCACUGUGACACAAUGAAUCCUGCAUUGUUGAUCAGUUGCCUUGUGAAAGCAAGGUGUAUUGUGUUGUGAUUUACCAGGAAACCAGACAUCAUUGUGUCGCCAUGGUCUUCCUUUGACCACAUACAACAACUACCAGGUCCAGGUGACCGCAUACAACAACUACCAGGUGCAGGAGACCACAUACAACAACUACCAGUCAUGGCCUUCUUCCAGCAACUGAAGCUUCUUCUGUGGAAGAACUGGCUCAACAUCACCAGGAACCCGGUCUGGUCUCUGACUCUCAUCGUCUGGCCGGUCAUCAUCUUCAUCAUCGUCGCUGUGACGCGUAACAACUUCCCUCCAGACCUGAAAAGCACAUGCUAUGUGGCGCCUCGCAACCUUCCCAGCACCGGCUUCUUCCCCUUCUUGCAGACCCUCAUGUGCAACGCUGACAGUCGCUGUCACAACACAUCACACCUCAACACAUCACACCCCAGCAGGCCCGCUAGGAUCACUAAGAGAUCAGCAGAGCAUGACAGCUCAGCACUCUGGUUGAGGAGUUCCUUCCUGGCCAAGAUGCUGGAAGAUGACCACUUUUACAACUGGACUUCUCCAAAGAUCUCCCAGCAGGACACCACUCUGCUGCUGAACGCCUCAGAGACACUUUGGAGGACAUUUUACCAACGCAACCACACGUCUGUCUUCCACACCAAGAACAGCACUCUUCACAGCGAUCAUGAGGCCUUGGACCAAAUGAUGGAGUCUUUGACCGUCCUGAAGCGGGCCUUCUGCACCGUUAGUGUGGCUGUGGUCAACCCAACACCUGAAAACCCCCUCAGCAAUGCAGUGCUGGCCUUUUGCUUCUCCAACAGUACUGUGUUUGAGGCCUUUCUCCUCACACUCAACCAGAUUCUGAAGGAGGAGAUGUUGAGCAAUCCAGACGAGCUGGCCAAGGGCGCUGGGGCUGUGAUGUUGUUGUUUCAAGAGCUGCAGAACCAGACCUCAUUGUGGGAGAACCUCUUGGAUGUUCCUCAGCUUGCCGCUACAGAGUCACUCCACCAAAUGUUGGACAUCGCUGCAGCCUCCCUCUCCAACAUCCAGGGGGUUAUGCAAGUCAUUGACAACAACUUCCCACAAAUGGCAGAGUUUGUGUCUCCACUGCAUGCACUUGUAGGCGGGGGCUUGGACGUCAUCCGAUAUGUUCAGAAGUGGCCUGGCAAAGAUGUCUACCUCUCUCUUGCCGACCUUGUCAACUUGCCCAGCAGCUCCAUCAAUGAAGCCCUUGAACUGCUUUUACAAAACAUCAAGAUACCCCUUGACCAGGCUUUGGCUCUGACUCUUGACAGAGUACUUGUGCGAUCCUACAUCUGUGACCCGAGUAACAACCCGCUGUGGCUGGUGACCGCCUGUACCACUGGGACUGUGGACAUGCUCCUGCACUGGAUCACUCCCAAACAUUUAGCCCAGCAGGCUCUCCUUGCUUGGAGUCAGCAUGUUGCUCCUCAUGAUGUCUCCUUCGCCAAAGGACUGCUGCACAGUCUCAUGGGAGUUGGCUCUCCAAGGACCGUGGUAGGCUCCAGCAUCUCUGGACAGCAACGUAACGUGGCAACACCAACACAAACCAUGGAGGAGGAGCUGUUCUUGAGCCUCGGCCAGGUGGUGCUGGAAGUCAGUCAACUACAUCCUGGCCCGGAAAUGAUGAUGAACAACAUCCUCAGCUUUGCCUUUCACUCCAUGAACAUAACCACCUGUACCCUUCAUGCUGCUGAAGAAAUUCUGCAGGACUUCCUGAAGGACGCCAGACAACUUCAAAGGAUUUACCACACCUUGAUGAGCAACCAAUCAGAGGCCAGAGUUUGGAUGGAGCAGGUGAUCAGCAGCACCUUGGAGGUGAUCAUGAAGAGCCUGGCACCAGAGCCUCUGACAUGCGAGGAGGCCCUGGGCCCCUUCCAGUGGCUCUUGUCCACUGAGACCAUAAAGCUGGAGGUGUGGAAAUCAAUGAUCUGCCAGAACAUGUCAGCUCUCGAGAAUCUGCUGCUCACGGAGUGGAGGCCUUUGAUUGAAAAAGCUCAAGAGUUCUACACUGCCUUGACGGGGGGAGAAGAAGACGCCAACGUCACUCUUCCUAUGAUUCUCUCCGAGUGGCAUAAGUUGUAUAACAGCACCUUGGAGUUGGGGGCGUUCUUGGAGAGGUUGUCCACCGACUUGGACCAAGCUAAUUGGUUGGACUGGAUGCCGGCUAACAGUUCCAGUGAUCUUGUUGGGACUCUCCAGCAAAGUAUUUUAGUUUUCAUGGCGAAUUUGGGAGCAACGGUUGAGGCGAGUCCAACGUGGCCUGAGAUGAAAAGCUAUUUCCACAUGGUCUACUGGGUUUUCAACUACAGACCUGGUGUCAGCGCUGUGCCAGCAAACUGUUCCCUUGACAUCAAGACUCUAAACAUUGACUGUGACACCGGCCUGGACUGGAACACGUUUGUUCAGGCGCUGGCUGAAGCCCUGAUGUCGCCAACUCAAGAUGUUCUACUGAACUGUCUCAAAGGCACGGUCAGUCUAUUACAGACUGUGUUUGGGGACCUGACCAACAAUCUGACAGCGUCCUAUUUAACAGAAGAAAUUCAAGGUGGAGAUGCGCUCUCUAUGUACCUGAUAAACUUGAUGAACAACCUGCAAAACUUUGUCUGGAACAUCUCCACACUCUCUGACUCACACAUCUCAAACCCCGACGUCAUGAUUCCACUCAUUAGCGAGCUGUUUGAGUCUACAGGUCUGAGUCCUUUGCUGCCUUUGCUCAUCAGCGACAGCCCAGUCAAUGUCUCCAACAUUAUUGAUGCUGCCGUGAAGCUUGGUAGAAGCAACCAGAACAUUUUCACCUUUAAUGAGACCGACCCAACAAUGCCUAAUCUGGAGAAGUUGAUCGUGCAGUUCCUGUCUUUGGAGGGUAACCUCACCAUGUCUCUCUCCCACGUCUUGGGGAACACCCUACUUACCUAUUCCAACUACUUUGACCCAGAUGAAGUGGCACGUGUCAGGGAGGCUUUAAAGCCUUUUACUAACCAAACCUCAUCAGGAAUUGUGGAGGCCAUCCUUACAGCCAUAGAGCUGCUAAAGAAAGUGGUUGAUUCACCAAAUGACGAUCCAACUAAAGUCAUUCUCGCAUACAUCCAGCAACUUCAAGAAUCCACAGUGUCCCUGUUAAAGUGGCAAAGAAUCCAACACAAUGUAUUGCCUAAUGGACUAUUAAGUACAGCUGAAGUUACUGACCUCUCCCAAGUGUUCAAUGACUUUCUUAACCUCCUCACCCCUGAGAGUCUUGCAAACCUGACUGAGAUUGGCCCAGAUGCUGCUCAGGACCUGGUGGUACAACAAUUUCUUGCAGUCCUACCACUGGACUUCCAGGAAGCAGCUGCUUUCAUGUUCCAAGACUUUAAAGCUCUGCAGUAUCACUUGUCCUUGUGUGCAGCAGGACAAAACUGUUCGGCCGGUAUCUCUGAAAUCUUUGCAUUCCUGAGUCAACUAUCUGGCUUGAUGCUCUCAGCCGAUGGCAACGUCACAGUCAACAUUGCUUUAAACAACACGUUUCUGGAGGGUGAGUCAUAUGAAAAUAUCGCAUCUGCUUUCUUCCCACUCCUCUUGUCGCCGCAUGACUCUGCCUAUGUUGGUGUGUUCAACCAAACCCUUCAUUUCAUGAGACUGGUGAUAGAAACACCAAAUAUUACAGUGUCUCAUAUCCAAAAUGCACUGAGACAGUCAAACGUAACCCUUGACGAGCUAAACUACAUCGCUCACCUCGCAGGAUCUGCCAACAUAAAUGACCUGUUGAUAAAUGUAAUGGCCAUCGCCGAUGUUCCCGAGUGUUUUGAAAUACAGCAUAACCACACCUUGGUGACAGCAGAGUGUGUUAUGGGAUUGAUCGACAAAGUCAGCAUCUUCCUCAAAAGCAUUCCUGCUCUGCAAAAUCAUACAGACAUCGUCUCUCUCGUCCCAUUGAUUGUCAAUAAAACAAUAACUGAUGCCAGUCAGGUAAAUUCUAGCUCAAACACACACCUGGCUGUCAUACAGGUCCUUGACAACAGCCUCAACACUAUCCAGACCAACCUGGAGUUGAAUAAUCUGAACACCUCAGAGAUCAAGAAUGAAAUCGCAGUGUUGCAAGGCUUGUUAAAGGUAGCGGCCAACCCUGAACCCUUGAACCACAUCCUCAACGCCACGUUGCUACCGUACUCUGAGGAAGUUACCAGAACAUAUUUGCAAGUCAUGCAAUGGUAUCUGCAACGUCUGGAAAACGUGACCAGUGCCAGCGCCGUGUCCGGUCUCCUCUAUCCUCUUUUCCGCCUCACACAGCUACAAGUCACACUCCAGAUAGCGCAGACAAAUUUGACUCUGUUUAUCAACAACCAGAUUAACCACUUCCAGACACCAACGGAUGGGUCAGGAGUGAGUAAAAUUGGCCAAGCAACCAUUGAAAUUCUUCAGCAAAUUGUAAAGUUCACAAUAGUCAACAUCAAAGUUCAGAAUGAAAAUGGUCAAGUCUUAGGUUCUAUGCCGCUGUUAAACACAACUGCGCUACAUGACGUUGAGCAGCAAAUAGAAUUCUACCUUGAUCUGAUUCACGCUUGGAUGGAACAACCCAAUGUCACUGCCGUCUUCACCAGUAUGCUCCAGUGGGGAAACGGCUCCCUGAAUGCUUCCACACCAGUAAGAGACGUUCAUGUCCUGUUACAGACGUUGGCUCACUAUCUAAACGACGACCAACUGGCUUACCUGUCCGUCAUCAGCAAUAUCACCCAGUUUCUGCAAAAAUCUAUCAUGGCUUUAGAGCAACCGGAAGACCCGCAGUUUGACCACCUACAUGCGGCCAUCAUGGAAGCAGUUCCAACCCUAAUGGACAUUCUCACCCAAGUUACGGGCCCUCUGCCGCAUUCUGUGGCACAAAACAUCGAAGGGAUCGUGAACGACACGUUACUCCUUGUCAGCCAACCGGACCUGAGUUUUGCCACAUCGCUCAACCUCACCCUGCUUAUCAUCAAAAGAGUGGAAAAGGUUGUUCAACAUCUGGUGCCGGAGGAGUUUGCAGUCUACCUGUUGUCCGGCCUCAAAGUUGCCGCCACAUAUUUGGAGACAAUCUCCACGACCAGUGGACCCCGACAACUGGAAUCACAUAGCAUCCAGAACCUUCUACCACCAAACAGCACCGCUCAGUACUACCUUUCUGUCUUCAUCAACACCACCCACAUGAUCCUGGGAUCGGGUUUAGGCAACAGUAGCUUUUCAAAUGACACACCUGAACUCCUAGCAGGAAUUGUAGAGCAGCUUUGGCAGAUUAUUGUGAGCGGUCUCGGCUCAGAGACUCCACCUUUGGGGGGUUUUACUCACCUUGCUCCGGUACUUGAACAAAUUGUCACAGGGAACGCGAACAACGAGACCUGGCAUGGGCUUGAAAAGCUGUUGGAGGCCGUACUGUCUACCGUCGGUGAACCAGAGACAUGGGACAGUGUCACGGCUCUUGAAACAGCGGUAGCCUUCAUGGUGAACGCCACAGAAGCCCAGAACA